AUGCCGACGCCGAGCGAAGUCACUCCACCGUUAACCGCGAGCGCCCUCGUCGAUGACCAGAUCGUGCACACUACCUGCCCGCCAGAGAUAAUACGAGCAUCUGCAUUUUCCAUCGCGACCGAGGAGCGCUCUGUCAAUGAUGGCGAUGACGGUGCCCUCGAAGAAGGGACCGUGUCGGCCACCGUCGAGUCCACAGCUAUAGAGGAACGGGUUGGCGACGAUGCUACGUCACUACAAAUCGCGACAACCCCAGACUCAUCGUCUAUGAAGGGACGAGAAAGCGAAGAUGAUACCGAUAUGGAUUCUCCGAGUCCUGCCAGUUCUCCCGCGGAUAGCAAGGACGAUUCAUCAGGCAGCCCGACGUCGCAGACGUCAUCAGUCACUUCAACCUCAUCCACAAGCUCGUCGCUCAGCCACGAGUUUUCUAAUGUCAGGCUCGUCCCAAACCAUACCUGUUCGUUUCUUCGCGCCGGAAGCAGAUUCGAAGGUACACAAGAGUCCGACCACCAAGUAUACAAUGUGCACGUCGAAAUCAAACACGUCGACAUGGCGGAGUCUUACCUUUGUGGUUAUUUGCGCCUCACAGAGGAACACCCUACCCUGACCACCUUUUUUGAAGGAGAAAUCAUCGGCACAAAACACACAUUCGUGACCAAGAACGAGACCUGGGGUGCCAACGAAAAAACCGAUAUGCAGCAUUGGGCCCGAUUCGAGGCGUGGAGACCGCUCGCCAAACAGGCCAAAAAGGCUGAUUUCACAUACCGAAACUAUGCACAGCGCGAACAUUUGUUUAUGCGUUGGAAAGAGUAUUUCCUAGUACCCGAUCAUCGAGUGCGGCAGAUCUCCGGAGCCAGUUUUGAAGGGUUCUAUUACAUCUGUUUCAAUCAGAUAGAAGGAACUGUCAGUGGAAUUUACUUUCACGCGAAAAGCGAAAAGUAUCAAAAACUCGAAUUGAAGCAUAUUCCGGAUCGCGGAUGCACUCCGGCGAUCGAAUUUCGUUAA